UUGAUAUCACAAAAAUGAUUGGAUCAAUCAUCUCCAUGGAGGGAUUACCGGAGACCUCUGCGCGCACAGAGAUGCCGUAGCUCUCUAUAUGGACCGUGAUAGAUUGAGUACUUUUAUGGAAAUUGCUUGGGAAAUUUGAGUUGAACUGAAAGACAUAACGAGGAGCAAUAAUACCACAUCACACACACAGAGAGAGAGGAGCCAACGCCGGCGUUUCUUUGUGUUACAGCAAUAAGUGGCUGAUAAAAAAAGCAAUAAAUUCUCUAAAAUAAAUACUGCCAUCCGGUUGUGCGCCAUGGGCGACGAGGCGUCAAACUUCAGGAGAAGCAGCUGGACCGGUGUCUCCUCACUAAAACCCAGGGCUGGUGAGGUUACCCUAGGAUAAAACGGAAACUGAUCACCACCAAAAAACAAUGAGAUUAAUUCUUCUGACGGGACAAGUUAGGUCAUCAUUGUGACAGUUUUUUGGAUGUUAUUCAGAAGAAAGCCUUCACAUUUGGGCUGUGCUGGACUUGGUCACUUUGAUUUGUUCGCUCAGAGAAAUCAAGUGGCAGAGAGAGAGAGGGACAUGCAACGUUUUUAUUAUAGGCUUGAAAUAAAACGAACACAGCCAUAUGUGAUUUAAUCAAUAAGUUGAAAGAGGAUCGUCAUUAUUGUUAUAAUAAUAAUAUAUUAUUCUUUUCACAAUGAUGGAACCACCACCAUGUUCAAAGAAGAGCCUGUCCCUGUCGCUCCCGGUUCCCCGGGAGGGACAGGCGACUCUGAAGCCUCCGCAGCAUCUCUGGAGACAACCCCGGACCCCGAUCAAGAUCAAACACCGGGGAUAUUCCGACACGGACCGGCACCACCACCACCGGCACAUGGAGCGCUCCGACGCCGUGGAUACGAGCGACCGACCGGGGCUGAAAAAGUCUCGAAUGUCCUGGCCGUCCUCCUUCCACGGGACCACAAACACAUCCAUCGGGAACUGUAUCGGGAAUAAACGCUUUGAUUCGGAGAAUGGUCCCUCACCAGGCCGCAGUCCCAUGGAUUCGCAGGCGAGUCCUGGGUUGGUGCUCCAUCCUUCUUUCCCCCAGAGUCAGCGCAGGGAGUCCUUCCUGUACCGCUCAGACUCCGACUAUGACACAUCCCCCAAAACCAUGUCACGCAACUCCUCCAUCAACAGCGAGGGGCACGCCGAAGACAUGAUUGUCACCCCUUUUGCUCAGGUGUUGGCCAGCCUUCGAACUGUAAGAAGCAACUUCACCAUCCUCGCCAAUGUCACAACACCCACUAACAAGAGGUCGCCAGUGACAAGCCAACCCACUGUUCCCCAAGCUACACUCUCUGAGGAGACAUACCAGCAGAUGGCUCGGGAGACUCUGGAGGAGCUGGACUGGUGUCUGGACCAGCUGGAGACCAUUCAGACUCACCGCUCAGUCAGUGAGAUGGCUUCCAAUAAGUUCAAGAGAAUGUUGAACAGGGAGCUGUCCCAUUUGUCAGAGAUGAGUCGCUCAGGGAACCAAGUGUCAGAAUACAUCUCCACUACCUUUCUAGAUAAGCAGAACGAGGUGGAGAUCCCAUCCCCGACUCUGAGGGAGCGGGAGAAGCCCAUGUGUCACAUCAGCGGCGUGAAGAAGCUUACACACAGUUCCAGCCUUUCCAACGCCACCUUGCCUCGCUUUGGCGUGAAGACUGAACAUGAGGAUGCAUUAGCCAGGGAGCUGAAUGACUUGAACAAGUGGGGCCUUAAUAUCUUUCGCGUGGCAGAACUCUCUAAUAAUCGACCCCUCAGCUGCAUCAUGUUUUCCAUUUUCCAGGAAAGAGAUCUACUCAAGACCUUUCGGAUCCCCAUGGAUACAUUUGUCACGUAUGUGAUGACCCUGGAGGACCACUAUCAUGCCAACGUGGCCUACCACAACAGCCUCCACGCUGCUGAUGUCACUCAGUCCACUCAUGUACUCCUAUCCACACCAGCUUUAGAUGCUGUAUUCACUGAUCUAGAAAUAUUAGCCGCAUUAUUCGCCGCUGCCAUUCACGAUGUAGACCAUCCGGGAGUGUCCAACCAGUUCCUCAUAAACACCAACUCGGAGUUAGCCCUGAUGUACAACGACGAGUCUGUGUUAGAGAACCAUCACCUGGCCGUGGGCUUUAAGCUGCUUCAUGAGGACAACUGUGACAUCUUCCAGAACCUUAGCAAAAGGCAGAGACAAAGUCUGAGGAAGCUUGUCAUUGAUAUGGUUUUGGCCACGGAUAUGUCCAAACACAUGAGUUUGCUGGCAGACCUCAAAACCAUGGUGGAAACCAAGAAAGUAACAAGUUCUGGAGUACUGAUGCUCGACCACUACACUGAUCGAAUACAGGUGUUGAGGAACAUGGUGCACUGUGCUGAUCUGAGCAAUCCCACAAAGCCUCUGGCAGUGUAUCGUCAAUGGACAGAGAGGAUCAUGGAGGAGUUCUUCAGGCAGGGAGACAAGGAGAGGGAGCGAGGGAUGGAGAUCAGCCCCAUGUGCGAUAAACACACUGCAUCUGUGGAAAAAAGCCAGGUGGGCUUCAUUGACUACAUUGUCCACCCGUUAUGGGAGACAUGGGGAGACCUUGUGUACCCUGAUGCCCAGGACAUCCUGGAUACUCUGGAGGACAACAGGGACUGGUACCAGAGCACUAUCCCGCAAAGCCCAUCGCCCCCUCCUGUACAGGACAAAGAUCUGAACGUAUGCAUAGACAAGUUUCAGUUUGAGCUCACCCUGGAAGACAGCUCUCAGCAGGAACAGGAAGACAAAGGAGAAACGCCCACGCCAAACCAUGUGGCACAGGACUGCGACCACGGAGACCAGGUGGGCAAAAAGGAAGAUGAGGAAGACAUAAUGGUAGAGGAGGAAAAUGAGGACAUAAUAGAGGAGGAGGAUGAGGUGGCGAUGGAGGAGGAAGAAGUGGAAGAAGAUCUGAAAUCUCAGUUGGCUGAGGGGCCUGAAAAAGAAAGACUUUCUGACACAAGUCCUGUAGAGGAAGAGGAAGAUUCUUCUUCGCAAGCUGAAGAUACAUGAGUUCUGCUCGUGUGUCUCCCUUUCACUUGCACAGAUUAACUUGUUCAUCCUUUCAAUGGCCAAACCAAGAACAAACAAGACUGCAAUGACAAUACAGACCUUUAAAUAUAUUUUUCAAAAAGGGAAUAAAUUAAAAUCACUUAAAGAAAAGCUAAUUACACAGCAACUGUAGAUUUGGAGCGUGGGCAAGUCAUUCGAGUGAUUUCACGAGGAACUUCAGACUAAAAGGAAUUGAAGAGAGCAUUAUUCAUGAGCAACGAGGACAGCGUAGCACUCUGAUGAUUGGAAUGCACAUAAACAAAGACGCAUCUACGUAACACAUGAAAACACACAAAAACAUGAGCAGGAGCAAGUCAUGAAUACACCAAUGCAACGUGUGUACAUGCAUACAACAGUCAUGCACUAUAAGUGCAAGCAUAUGUGCUCCACAUACACCGACACAAACACAAACACUAGACUGUAUGUUUGUACGAGUGAAUUUACACAAGGGACAUUAAUCAGUAAUGAAUCUCUUUGGAAAAAGCCAUCCCUUAAUGGUGUAUCAACAAGUGUUCAGUCAGUAUUAGUAAUUCAUGUCUGUUAGAAUCUCAAUAGAAAACGUUCUCCUCAGAGAAGCUCCAUGUCCGAGUGACUUUUUUUCCAUUUCUGUCGGAAAGAAAAAAAAAAGAAAAUCCACAGAGUUGGAGGAGAAAAGAGAAUGAUUUUGGAGUAAAGGAAGAUGCUGCGAUGAAAGGACCACCGGGUCCCGUAUCCCUUUUUCCCUUUACAAGUAGAGCGCUACUGGUGCACGAUGGCUCUGUGCCUUUCUGAAACACCAGCUUCUUGAACGGAGCUGUUGUGAAGCAAUGCAUUGUGGGACAGGAGUCUGAUUUUGUUAUCGUUUUUUUUGAUUGUCUCUUGUUAAAAACAUCUCUCGUUGCCGUUCAUGGUGUUGUGGUGUGUAUCUCACACGUCCAAGUUCUUUUGUGAAAUUCUUUCGGCUCUAAGUCUUCCUUUGUUGCUCUUCUGGUAAUAUUACAACUCAGAACUCUGGAUGCAGAGCAAUCGCUGACACCACCACAACCACCAGUGGACUCUUUCAAGCUUUUGUUUCUUUCCUAUUAGACUUUUUUCUCCUCUUUUUUUUCUUUUUUUACUUUCUGAGAAUAAGCCAUGUGAUGCUUUGAAGCAUACAUUUUGCCUAUUUUAUAUUUAAAUGUUUCUGAAGGAGUACAGGCUUAUUUCAUUACCUGAACAAAUCUUAGUUUGUUGUCACAAACCCAUUUUGCACUGUGUGUUUUUGUCUCUUCAUACACAACAAUUCUCACCAAAGUUAAGCAUGAGAAACGUCAGUGGGUGAAGUGAUUUGAGGGAACACAAAUUAAUAAGGAAAUCAGGGAGGCAGAUUGUCAGGGGAAAGAAGUACGACUUGGCCAAACGGAGGUCGGACAGUCCCUAAUCAUCCUUGCUAUGUUUGAUGGUUUUUUGCCUUAAUGUCAGAUGCAGGAUACAUACCUGCCAGUAUGUAGAUUUAUAAGAUAUAUCAUAGAUAUCCUAGUAUAUUUAUAUAAUGUCUGUAUGCUUAUUUAUGUGAGUAUUGGUGCGUCUAGACACAAUGUAUCCAGCAUUGCAUUUGGAGGGGGAAAGGGAAACAUUGCUGGCAGUUAUUUGUUCUGUUGUCGCUGUGCUAGGGCCAACAUAAAGAAUGUGUUGUAUUUUAAUAAGGAUGGCAUUUUAUAGCCGUCUGGGUGCAUUCGAAGAAAAAUGAAAAGUCUGAGUUAAGAUUACGCAGGAGUUAAGAUCGCCCGCGUAACCGAGUAAAAGUAAGAGAAAGGACGUCAAAAAUGUUGUCAUGUGUGUUCUUGUUCUCUUGUUGGCUUCAGCAAAUCUCGUUUAACAGUGUUUAGGAUUCGAUCAGCACAGCUUAAAUGGGUAUCAGUUUGUUUUGAUGUUUGUUUUUCACAGGGUACAAAAAAAAAAAUAAGAACACGAGUGUGGCUAUUUUAAAAAGGUAAGAGCAAGUUUCUGCAGGUCAGUAACUGAGCCUAUCUGACAACACCGCAGCUUGGUGCAAAAAAAAAAAAAACGUUAAAAAAUAAAAAAAAAAGCCUGUGUGUUUUCUCCAGCUGCGAGGCCACCACACAGAUUUUCCUUUAGUGACAUGGGAAUCCAGGAUUACUAUUGCAGUUACUAUUGCAUUACUUCAAUAAAAGAUUCCCAUAUGCACUGGCCUUUUAUUUUUAACAUGUUGCUUUGUUUUUGUGACAUCUUGUUCUGUUGUAAGCUAUAAAAUCAUUAAUAUUUAAUUGCCAUACAAACACAAUACUGUAGCAAUUGUUUCUUAUUAAGGAAAUUAUUCAAUUGAUUGAUUGCUGCCAUUCUUUUUAAAUGACGAAAAGAAAACCAUGGAAAGAGUUUUCUUUAAACAGUUUGUGUACAGUUUAUUUUUAUAUCAUUCCGGUGGAUGGUCAGGAAAGCAAAUCGUGUAUUGAUGAUAUAGCUAUAAUCAUUACCACUAUUGUAUAUAAUGUAAUAAUGGAUUGUAAAUUAGAAUUUAUAUUUAAGUCAUUAUUUGACUAAUAACCACUUAAAAUUGUUCAGUGAACCACCGAGGCACUGCAAGCCACAUCUUCACAUUUUAAUUCUUUCAUUACAUAUUUCCUUACGUGUGCUAACAUCAUAUCAUAAUUUUUGAUUGUGCACACUUAUUGUUGAAAUCAGAUAAGAUUUGUACCAGCACUUUAUUUCAUCAGGUUUUGAGACAGUGUGUUUCAGGUAGUGUACAGUUUGUGCUGGGUUGUUUUUUCAUUGACUGCUAUAUUUCACCAGGGGAAAUCACAACUUUCAUUGUGCAGCAUUUAAUGCUCUAACCCCUCUCUUAAGGCGUAAUCAAACGGAUUAAUGAUGAUCUAUUCAACAUCCAAGUGAGAUUAAACUUGUUUGACUUAAAGUCAAAUGGAAGAUGAUGUCAUCACAAAGUAUGUUACAAAAUCAAAGAAGAUAAAUGUGCCCUAGGUUGUUUCCAGCACUCUCACCACCUUUGUUUCUUAGUAACUUUAAUCACUAUCUAGCUUGAUAGCGGACAAAUCUGUCCUAUGGUGGCCUACCUAGCUGGUUCCCAUCGGUGUUGCUGUCAGGUAAUGGUAUUACAGACUGACUCCCGUUUGAGAAUAAUUCUCUGGGCUUUAAUUCAUGUGUUUGUUCACUAGAAGAAAGAUUAUUCAAGGGAAAAACAUGAAAUGAUUGUAAUAUUUGUAAAUGAUCUUGCUGUACUGUGUAAAAUGUGUCCAAGUUAUUUUUUAUUAUAUUAUUUUUACGAAAGUUUUUCCUCUUAACAGAGCUGAGGUGUCAUUUUGUGAAUAAAUGCAUUUAAUAAGCAAACAAUCUAUGUAUAAAACAAUGCUAUAGUAUAUCAGUAUAUUUUUCUUUU